AGGAGCUUUGUGGGGAAUGGAGGUCCUGCGCGGCUCGCUUCUCUCUCGGCCUCCCCGGGAGGAGGGAGACUUCGGUUUCUGCGCGUCUGCAGAGGAGGUAUCAUCUCACUUUUCCAUAUGAGGGAUCCAAUAACAACAGCUCUAACUGCAGCCGGCAAAGUGGCAGAUUUCGUCUUAGGAGUGGAGCAGGUGGCAAUACCCAUCUCCACAUUAACCCAGCAAACAUUAGGAGUGGAGCAGGUGGGAAGACCUCCCAGAUGUCCUUUGAGGAGGUGGCCGUGCUCUUCACGGAGGAGGAAUGGGCUCUCCUGGAUCCAGGCCAAAGAAAACUCUACUGGGAAGUGAUGCAGGAAAACUACGAGACCCUGGUGUCUCUGGCUGCUGAUGUGAGGGAAAUAACAAGAGAGAAGGAACAAGGAAGGGCAAUUGUGGGGGAAAAUGAAGAUCGAGAAGCAAAACCAGGGGAUCAAGUCGUACCAAAGAAGUGGCAAAGCAGCAAAAGGGAAUCAAAACAGAACCAGAGGAAGAAAUUGCUUGCCCAUCAGAGCAGGAAGAUAGCUGAGUUCCCAGGCCAUGAUGAAAUGCAAAAAAGAAAGAGAAGGCAUAAGGUUCCCAUGAAUGUCAAAGCGCUUAGACGCAAACUCAGAGUUAAAAUAUAUCAGAACAUUACAACAUGCUUUAAAAGAUAUAAACUCAUAGAAAGUGGAAAGAUCUUUUUUCAGAAUAGCAAGCUGGCUAAAAAUCAGAGGAUGCACAGAUGGCCGAAGCCUUAUAAAUGCUUAGAGUGUGGGAAGGGCUUCUCUCAGAAUAACACCUUAACUAGACAUCGAAAGGUUCACAAGGGGGAGAAGCCACAUAAAUGCUUAGAGUGUGAGAAGACCUUCUCUCAGAAUGACACCCUAACUAGACAUCAAAAGGUUCACACAGGGGAGAAGCCACAUAAAUGCUUGGAGUGUGGGAAGAGGUUCUCUCGGAAUGAAAACCUAACUAGACAUCAAAAGGUUCACACAAGGGAGAAGCCACAUAAAUGCUUUGAGUGUGAGAAGAGCUUCUCUCAGAAUGACCACCUAACUAGACAUCAAAAGGUUCACACAGGGGAGAAGCCACAUAAAUGCUUAGAGUGUGGGAAGAGCUUCUCUCAGAAUGGUGACCUAACUAGACAUCAAAAGGUUCACACCGGGGAGAAGCCACAUAAAUGUUUAGAGUGUGGGAAGAGCUUCUCUCAGAAUGGCGACCUAACUAGACAUCAAAUGGUUCACACGGGAGAGAAGCCACAUAAAUGCUUAGAGUGUGGGAAGAGCUUUUCUCAGAAUGGCCACCUAACUAGACAUCAGAAGGUUCAUACAGGGGAGAAGCCAUAUAAAUGCUUGGAGUGUGGGAAGAGCUUCUCUCAUAAAGGUACCCUAACUAGGCAUCAAAAGGUUCAUAUGGGGGAGAAACCAUAUAAAUGCUUUGGAGUGUGGGAAGAGCUUCUCUCAGAAUGGCGGCCUAAGUAGACAUCAAAAGGUUCACACGGGGGAGACGCCAUAUAAAUGCUUGGAGUGUUGGAAGAGCUGUCAUAAAGGUACCCCAAAUAGCCAUCAAAAGGUUCACACAAGGGAGAAGCCAUAUUGUCAGUCCCUGGCAGUGAGAUCCCUCAAGCCCAUCCACAGUGAACACAUGUUGGUUCCAGCAGAAGUAGCUUUAUUAGAAUCUGCAGUUCAGGUCUGCUCUCCAUCACAGAGUUUGGCAGAAGUGACAGUUCAAAUCAGACAAUCCCUGUUAUAGUUGAUUUUCCUGCCCUCCAAAUGACAGUUAAGAAUUUGGUGCGCAAGCCUCCAAGAGUUCUGUGAGAACUGGUCUAGUUUUGACUACACAAUUGGUAUACAGUAAAGUUUCCCAGCUGCUGAGAAGAACAGUGAAAACUGGCAGCUAGACACACCAAGGUCACGGCUAGUGGAGACCAGCAUACUUUCUAGAGAUCACAAAAGAGGCCCUUUUUGAGUCUCCUGCAAUUCACAGUUAGACUAUGGCAAGUGAGAAUAAUCAGUGAGAGCAGCAUAUAUAUAUUGGUAAUAGUACCAUACAGGCUUUCAGAAACAAAAUGAAGCAAAAGGACAAUGUAUUGUCGAAGGCUUUCACGGCCGGAAAAGACCACGGCAAUACAGCCCGGAAAACCCACAACAACCAUCGUUCUCCGGCCGUGAAAGCCUUCGACAAUACAUCGAACACCUCUACGGGGAGGAAACAUUCCAACAGACCCGGAGAUUGGAAACACUUCGGAACAAGAAAGCACAUCUACUCUGUUCUUUAACCUUUCUCAUACGCUGCAAAGACCACGGCAAUACAGCCCGGAAAACUCACAACAACCAAGCAAAAGGACACAUUGCAUGUGCAUAUUACAAUCAUGGCAUGGAUGCUGGCAUACAUAACACACAUAAAUGCUUGGAGAGAAGCCAUAUAAAUGCUUGGUGCGUGGGAAGAGCUUCUCUAUGAUUAGCUACCUAACUAGACAUCAAAAGGUUCACACAGGGGAGAAGCUAUAUGAAUGCUUGGAGUGUGGAAAGAGCUGCUGUAUGAAUAGCUGCCUAACUAAACAUCAGAAGGUUCACACGGGAGAAGCCAUAUAAAUGCUUGGAAUGCAGGCAGGGCUUCUCUCAGAUUAACCACCUAACUAGACAUGAAAAGGUUCACACAGGGGAGAACCCUCAUAAAUACUUAGAACAUGGGAAGAGCUUCAAUGACAGCAGCAACCUUACCGUACAACUUGAUAAGAACACUGGGGAAUAACCAUCCUAUCAUCAUUGAAUUUUGCCUUUUUUGUUCCAUGAAGUGUUUUAUGGUAACUUACCUUGAUGAGGAUCAUGUAUCUUUCUAAUUCCCUCCUUAUUCUCCCCUCCAUCCUUUCUCUUAACUUCAAACAAACUGAUAUACUAUCCCUGGUAAGCAAAACAUGCACAUUUUUCUCCUCUCUUAAAGCUCCUCGUGUUAAUGGAUUGUUUAUUAAGGUAUUGAGAUUUUUUUUAAAAAAAUUUAUUUUAAAGGUAUUGAGAUUGAUGAUCAUACUUCCUCUUCCAAAAUGACAAGUGCUGAAAUUUCCCAGUGGGAAAAAUGUCAUGUGCUAUCUCCUAAUAAAUCUUAAGAUCUUUCAUAUGUGACAAUAUAAAAAUAUGAUUGGCCUUGGAUUUAGCUGAUUCUUCAGCUUUUCAAUCAUGUGACAUUCUACGAAGCUGAGAGUGAUGCGAUGUUGCAGUUACAAGAUAAUCUUCAUAACUCUUUAGAAGCUGAGGAAAAGUUAAGUGACCAGGUUAUGAUUAGGCAGUUCUGGCAAAUAAAGGGUCAUUUAUCUACCACUGUCGACCAUUUUUAAUUGGUUGUCAAAAGAUAAAAGGAACAUCUGAAUUGUUUUAUAACCUGCUACCAAACUACAUUCAAGUUCAUACUCGGUUCACUGCAAUACCCAUAUAGUUAUAGAAUAUAAUAUACCCUAGUUAUCACGAUUGAGUAUAUUUGUUCUUAGGCUACAUUGCAGAAGAGUGAUGCUAACCACUUCUUGUAAACCUUGUGGUGGUGGUUUCAGGUCUGUUGCCCACUGCCCCCCCCAUCUUGUUAUUCAGUUUAUGAUAUGUUGCAAUAGCCUCUUGCACCUGCUCCCUGUUGCUUUCCAGAUUCCGAGACGAGCGAGCCCUUAUCUUGGAUGGCUCCCCGCAGCGGCCUUGAGACAGCUUCUUCCGUCCCGCUACUGAUUGUGUUCAGCUGGGAGAGCCGGAGAAGUGGGGGAACAUGUGAAUGGACUGGUAUAAUGUAUCCUGUACUCAAUGCGUCAUUCUUAACAAGAGACCUGUGUACAGCCAGAUGCAUUUAAUUGCUUCUGUGUAACCUAUGGACAUAUGUACGGCGAAGCCAAUGAUAUCUCAAUAAAGACGCAUUUACUCAA